UCACAACAUAUUGAACACAUUUUUGUGACGCUGAUGUUGAAUCCACAAAAUUAGUGUUGACUGAGAAAGAAACAAAGUUAGUUUGAUCAGAUGAGAUUUGAGCUGACAGGAAAUUGAUGGAGAAAUUAUCUCGUAAGCUGUUGACGAAAGGAAUAUUUGCCGUCGAUAAACCGAAAAAUGUUUAUUCCAUGGAAGUUGUGGAAAAAAUUAAGGGGAUCCUUUAUAAUGAAAUAGCUUUUCUUCGAAAUAAACCACCGGAUUUACUGAAACUUGGACACGGCGGCAUUUUAGAUUAUCCAGCUAGUGGAGUUUUAGUCAUCGGUGUUGGAUAUGGUUGUAAGGUUUUGAAAAAAUUUCUCCAAUGCGAAAAGAGGUAUGCAACCGUAGGCAAAUUAGGAGAAGAGACUGACACUUUAAACGAUAUCGGCUGUGUGACGGAUUCAAAACCUUUUGAUCACGUGACAAAAGAACAAAUUGACAGCCUUUUGAAGUCAAAAUUUAGUGGGAAAAUUUGGCAAACUCCACCAAAGUAUUCGGCGCUGAAGAAAAACGGUAGAAGGAUGUCGGAUUUGAUGAUGGAAGGAAAAGAAGUUGAGGUGAGCCCGCGGCAAGUUAUAUGCCACAGUGUUGAAUGCACUCAAUUCAAUCCACCGUUUUUCGAACUCGACGUCACUUGCGGAGGCGGAUUUUACAUCAGAAGUUUAGUCCAUGACGUUGCAAAAGAAAUGGGGACCUGUGCGCACAUAACCGAGCUGAGACGAAUUCAACAGGGGCCAUUCCACGAGUCGGACGCUUUGGAAAAAUGUGACUGGACUGCAAAUUGUAUUUUGGAAGCAAUGUUCAAACACAGGCCGCACCUGAGAUUUCAAGAGGCAGAGGUUUGGUGACAGUGAAAAAGGGAGAUGUUAAAAAUCAACAUAAAAUUAUUUAUUAAAUUAAACUUAAGGCUUUUCUUUUGAUGGCUCGUCUAACUAAAACAAAU